AUGGGUGGAGCAGACGAGAUUGAGUCGUUGAGAGUGGAGCUUGCAGACAUUGGAAGAAGCAUUAGAUCAUCGUUCCGGAGACACACGUCAAGUUUCAGAAGCAGCUCUUCAAGAUAUGAACCAGAUCAUGAUGGUGAUGGUAAUGGACCUAAUGGUAAUGAUGCAGAGUAUGCUCUGCAAUGGGCUGAGAUCGAGAGAUUACCAACUGUUAAACGCAUGAGAUCGACUCUCCUCGAUGAUGGAGAUGAGUCCAAGACAGAGAAAGGGAAAAGAGUCGUCGAUGUCACAAAGCUUGGAGCCAUGGAACGUCAUCUGAUGAUUGAGAAACUCAUCAAACACAUUGAGAAUGAUAAUCUCAAGUUGCUCAAGAAAAUCAGAAGAAGAAUAGACAGAGUGGGGAUGGAGUUUCCGACCAUAGAAGUGAGGUACAAGAGUUUAAAAGUGGAGGCCGAGUGCGAGAUUGUUGAAGGGAAGGCACUUCCAACACUGUGGAACACUGCUAAGCGCGUCGUCUCUGAACUUGUGAAGCUCACUGGUGCAAAAUCACACGAAGCCAAGAUCAGCAUUCUUAAUGACGUUAAUGGCAUUAUAAAGCCGGGAAGGUUAACACUGUUGCUUGGUCCUCCUGGAUGUGGAAAAACAACUAUGUUAAAGGCCUUGUCAGGAAACUUAGAAAACAAUCUAAAGUGUUCAGGUGAGAUAUCUUACAAUGGACACAGACUGGACGAGUUUGUUCCUCAGAAAACCUCGGCGUAUAUAAGUCAAUAUGAUCUGCACAUUGCAGAGAUGACAGUGAGAGAGUCUGUUGAUUUCUCAGCUCGUUGUCAGGGCGUUGGUAGCCGAACAGAUAUCAUGAUGGAAGUCAGUAAAAGAGAAAAGGAAGCAGGAAUCAUUCCUGACACAGAAGUGGAUGCUUACAUGAAAGCAAUAUCUGUUGAAGGACUUGAAAGAAGUCUGCAAACAGAUUACAUCAUGAAGAUUCUUGGACUUGACAUUUGUGCAGAAACUUUAGUUGGAGACAUGAUGAGGAGAGGCAUAUCAGGGGGGCAAAAGAAGCGUCUCACUACAGCCGAGAUGAUCGUUGGUCCGACAAAGGCUCUCUUUAUGGAUGAAAUAACAAACGGCUUAGACAGUUCCACGGCUUUUCAGAUUGUCAAGUCUCUUCAGCAGCUUUGUCACAUAUCGAAUGCUACUGUGCUUGUUUCUCUCCUUCAACCUGCUCCAGAAUCCUUUGACCUCUUCGAUGACGUUAUGCUGAUGGCCAAGGGAAAAAUCGUGUAUCAUGGUCCACGCGGCGAGGUCCUCAACUUCUUUGAGGAAUGUGGAUUUCAAUGCCCUGAAAGGAAAGGUGUUGCAGACUUUCUCCAAGAGGUUAUAUCCAAAAAGGACCAAGCACAAUACUGGAGGCACGAGGAUUUACCUUACAGGUUUGUCUCUGUAGAAAUGUUGUCGAAGAGAUUCAAGGAGUUGAGUAUCGGGAAAAAGGUCGAGGACGCUCUGUCUAAGCCAUAUGAUAAAUCAAAAAGCCACAAGGAUGCUCUUUCCUUCAGCGUGUAUUCUCUUCCAAACUGGGAGCUGUUCGUAGCAUGCAUAUCAAGAGAGUUUCUUCUCAUGAAGAGAAACUAUUUCGUCUACAUUUUCAAAACAUUUCAGCUUUUUAUGGCCGCAUUCAUCACCAUGACUGUGUUUAUCCGAACACGGAUGGGUAUUGAUAUCAUUCAUGGAAACUCUUACAUGAGUGCUCUCUUUUUUGCCGUCAUUAUACUUCUUGUUGACGGAUUCCCAGAGUUGUCUAUGACGGCUCAACGCCUGGCCGUGUUUUACAAGCAGAAGCAGUUGUGCUUCUAUCCAGCAUGGGCUUAUGCAAUCCCUGCAACAGUGCUAAAAGUCCCUCUCUCGUUCUUCGAGUCUUUCGUUUGGACUGGCCUCACUUACUAUGUCAUUGGAUACACCCCUGAAGCCUCCAGGUUCUUCCGGCAGUUCAUUCUACUGUUUCUUGUUCACUUCACUUCGCUAUCCAUGUUCCGGUCUCUAGCUGCAAUCUUCCAGACAGUAGUUGCUUCAACCACAGCUGGCAGUUUUGGUAUCUUAAUCACAUUCGUCUUUGCCGGUUUCGUCAUUCCACCAACUUCUAUGCCUGCGUGGCUCAAGUGGGGUUUCUGGGCGAAUCCUUUGAGUUACGGUGAGAUUGGGCUAUCAGUAAACGAGUUUCUUGCUCCAAGAUGGAAUCAGGUGCAACCCAAUAACCUUACAUUGGGGAGAACCAUACUCCAAAGCCGUGGAAUGGACUACGAUGGUUACAUGUAUUGGGUAUCAUUGUUUGCCUUGUUGGGUUUCACUGUGCUCUUCAACGUCAUUUUCGCUCUGGCUCUGACCUUCUUGAAAUCACCCACAUCAUCUCGAGCCAUGAUCUCGCAAGAAAAACUCUCUGAGCUCCAAGGAACAGAAGAUACAACAGACAACUCUCUGAUCAAGAAAAAAGCCACAGAUUCCCCUGUCAAUACAGAAGAAGAAGAUGACAAUUCAGGCAAGAUGGUCUUACCUUUCAAGCCUCUCACUGUAACAUUUCAAGAAUUGAACUACUUCGUUGACACUCCCGUGGAGAUGAGAGACCAAGGAUAUGCUAACAAGAAGCUGCAACUUCUCACAGACAUCACCGGAGCUUUCCGUCCCGGAAUCCUAACGGCACUGAUGGGCGUGAGUGGAGCUGGAAAAACCACUCUCCUCGACGUCCUAGCCGGAAGAAAAACGAGCGGAUACAUCGAAGGCGACAUCAGAAUCAGCGGUUUCCCAAAAGUCCAGGAAACUUUCGCGAGAGUCUCAGGCUACUGCGAGCAAACAGAUAUUCACUCACCAAACAUCACCGUUGAAGAAUCCGUCAUCUACUCCGCUUGGCUUCGUCUAGCUCCUGAGAUCGACUCCGCAACCAAAACCAAAUUCGUGAAACAAGUGCUUGAGACGAUCGAAUUGGAUGAGAUCAAGGAUGCAUUGGUGGGAGUCGCCGGAGUGAGCGGAUUAUCGACGGAGCAGAGGAAACGGCUGACGAUUGCGGUGGAGCUGGUGGCGAAUCCGUCGAUCAUCUUCAUGGACGAGCCGACUACGGGACUUGACGCGAGAGCAGCCGCCAUUGUUAUGAGAGCAGUGAAGAACGUCGCUGACACUGGAAGAACAAUCGUCUGCACUAUUCAUCAGCCUAGUAUCGACAUUUUCGAAGCCUUCGACGAGUUGGUACUUCUCAGAAGAGGUGGUCGCAUGAUCUACACAGGACCAUUGGGUCAACAUUCAUGUCAUAUUAUCGACUAUUUUGAGAGUGUUCACGGCAUUCCUAAGAUAAGAGACAACCACAAUCCAGCAACAUGGAUGCUUGAUGUUAGCUCACAAUCUGCAGAAGUUGAACUUGGCCUUGAUUUCGCAAAGAUCUACCAUGAAUCUGCUCUGUUCAAGAGCAACUCGGAGCUCGUGAAACAGUUGAGCCAACCAGAUUCAGGAUCAAGUGAUUUACAGUUUAAAAGAACAUUUGCACAGCGUUGGUUUGGACAAUUCAAAUCUAUUUUAUGGAAGAUGAGUUUGUCUUAUUGGAGAAGUCCCUCUUAUAAUUUACAGCGUCUUGUUCACACAUUAAUCUCUUCUUUGAUCUUUGGCGCCCUCUUUUGGAACCAAGGCCAAAAAAUAGAUACACAACAAAGUUUGUUCACAGUAAUAGGAGCGAUGUAUGGUGCAAUGAUGUUUAUAGGGAUAAACAAUUGUGCAACAGCUCUUCAAUAUUUUGAAACAGAAAGGAACGUUAUGUACCGUGAAAGAUUUGCUGGAAUGUACUCAGCGACUGCAUAUGCAUUGGCUCAAGUUGUGAGUGAGAUACCUUAUUUGUUCACACAAGCGGCAGAGUUUGUGAUCGUAACAUAUCCAAUGAUCGGUUUCUAUCCUUCGGCCUACAAAAUCUUUUGGGCGGUCUACUUUACGUUCGGCUCUCUUCUCACUUACAACUACCUCGCCAUGUUCCUCAUCUCCAUCACACCAAACUUCAUGGUUGCAUCGGUUCUUCAAUCGCUCUUCUACGUUAAUUUCAACCUCUUUUCCGGGUUCUUGAUCCCUGUUACGCAAAUUCCAAAGUGGUGGGUUUGGUUAUAUUAUCUAACACCAACUUCUUGGACACUCAACGGGUUUUUCACGGCUCAAUACGGCGAUAUUCAUGAGAAGAUCAGUGUCUUUGGAGAAUCCACGACGGUUGCAAGAUUCUUAGAAGAUUAUUUUGGGUUUCAUCAUAACCUUUUGGCGGUUACAGCGGUUGUUCAAAUCGCCUUUCCUAUUGCGUUGGCUUCUAUGUUUGCAUUCUUUGUGGGGAAACUCAACUUCCAAAGAAGAUGA